AUGACUUUAUUCUACACUCAACCUCACGCCAUUCGUCCAUACGACCGCACUUUUACAGAAAAUUUUAAUAACAUCCCUCCGCGGUCUUCACCUACUUCGCCUGAAAAGUCUUCAAGUACGGAGGUUAUCUCAUCUCAAAACCCUAACGAUCUACCUUAUAUCGUUGCUCCCUAUCCCAAAAAAGCUUUAUACGCAUAUACUGGUAACUUAUUAAAUAAUAAUUGUACUCCGGUUUUGCCAUCAUCUGAAAGCCCUUGGGGACUGUCUGCUGUGCAGGAGGACAUUGAAGAUGAUCCCAUAAUGUUUGAGACCAAUUCAGACUUUCAUCAAAGUUCUAGUCGUCCAGCUUCUCAAUCUACUUCACCGGAUCGUGUUCAUCGUUCUUCUCCCGUAACACAAUUUGAUCAGGAUGAAGAAGAUUUAAGUGAUGAAUCUUACUCUGGAGCUAUUGAAAUUGAUCAAAUUAGGAAACAACGACCUACAUCACGUCCAAUAAAACUUGCCAUUGACAAUUCUCAUUUGAUAUUUGGUUCUUCACCAAUUACCCGUGCUCAUAAUCCAUUACCUUUGGAUUCACAUUUUUCACCAACUAAACGUCAUCAUCAUCAAUCUCAACCGUAUCCAUCACGACCUACUCUUCAUCAGGCUAAUAAUAUUCAACGUAAAUUAGUUGAUGUAGUAGUUGGAGGAAAUUCUUUUGAUGAUUCUACCCAAAUUCUUCCUUCAUCGAAAGCAUCUAAAGCUGCUAUUCUAUUACGCAUUUCCGAAGGUGGAAGGCGUCGAGCUCUUUCGGUUGGAAGUGCUAGUUUAAAACCUGGUAGUAAGAUUCCCGGUCGUGUCUAA